GUCUAUUUGAAACGAUUUCUGGUUAUCGUCGCACCUUGACCACUUUUUGAUGAGCUUGUGGAACUCUGAAAGAAGCCAUGGACCCGCCGGAGUUACCUGAGUGCCCGGUCUGCCUCCAGCCAUUCGACGGCGAAUCCACAAUCCCACGCGUCCUCGCCUGUGGCCACUCUACAUGCGAGACAUGCCUGAUCGACCUUCCAAAACCAUCCUUCCCUCGUACCAUACGCUGUCCAGCUUGUACCCAGCUUGUCAGCUACCCAACACAAGGUCCUUCUGCCCUCCCCAAAAACAUUGACCUACUCCGCAUCUCCUCCUCUCUUCUCCAAUCUAACCCCAAUUGCCUCAACUCCAAACCUAAAACCCCCACCGUAUCAUCAUCGCCAGACUUCAUACCCAAUUUUUGGUCUCAUGAAUUUCACUAUAAUUGGAAGGAAUGGGUCAUUCCACGAGACACAAUUUCGGUCGACACGAGCGUAGCUCUUGAUGAGUCGUUUUUGCUUGGAACGGCUACAAAUUCGGAGGCUUCUUCUGGGAUGUCUUCCAGGUGUUUGAUGAAAAGACAUCAAAAGGUGAGCCUGUUUAAAGUAGGUUCUUUUACUCAUAGUAACGAUAACAGAUUCAACUACAGUUACUUUGCGAAAGCUAUCUGGAUUUUGUUUAAAAUGAGGGAUGGUGCAUUAGCUGAAUUGAUGUUGAUUCUAACCGCAAGUUUGAAGGAAUAUCGAAUUUGUCCUGCUUAUGGGUUGUGGUAUAACGAGGAGACUGGGAAUUUAUAUCUUAUCUGUGAAAGGAAACAUACGACUUUGUUGAAUGUUAUUGAAUCAGGCAUUCAAGAUGAUAUAUCUAGUUUCGCCAUGAUUGGUAUGGAGUUAUGUGAAACCAUAAGUCGAUUGCAUGAAGCCGAGUUAGUAACUGGAUAUACUUCAUUAUCAUGCUUUGGUAUUGAUGAUUUUGGGCACCUAUUUAUCGACUUAAAUGAUGUGUUCAUGGUUGGACAUAGAAUUCAAAACAUGAUCUCACAGACCUUAUCGUUUGCAGAAAAUAAAGAUAGUAAAAGAUUGGAAAUGUACACAUUUCCUAGCCCAGAGUUAUUAGCAGAGUUUGUAAAGAAAAGAGACAUUGACUUGGAGUUUGGCAAGUCAACCAUUAGCUAUAGUUCAGAUGUAUGGUCGAUAGCCUGCAUAUUACUUUUGUUUCUAAUCGAGAAGUCUUUUGGUGAAGAGACACAAAACUUCUUGUGCAGUUAUAUAUUCGCAUUAGUCAAUGAAAAUGGUGAUGAUUGUGAAGAGUUACACCUGGCAUGGUUGGAUAAAGUUUCUGGUUUGUUAGAUACUAAAUUGGGUUCAGACUAUGUCUUAAUGAAGGAUCUGUUGCACAAAUGUCUAUGUUUGGACCCUGGGACUAGACCAGUUGUGACUGACCUUUGGAAAUCCAUGAGGGAAUUGAUUAUCAAACCAAAGUUUGAGGUAAUGAGAAGUGUGGAAGAGAAAGUGAUAAAUAAAAGCACGUGUCACUGUUUGCUUCUAGGAGACUUGUCAUGGCCAUUAAAGAAAACUGAUAAAGUUGAUAAGAAUGGUUUUAAAGAUGGAGACUUGGUGGUGGAGAGUGGUGUCAUUGAGGGUAUUCGUGAGAAUUCCAUAAAAUGCACUGAUUUGAAAGGUCAUCUCGAUUGCAUAUCUGGAUUAGCUGUUGGAGGGGGGUUUCUUUUCAGCUGUUCAUUUGAUAAAACAGUGAACGUAUGGUCUCUCCAGGGUCUUAAUCAUGUACAUACAUUCAAGGGUCAUGAACAUAAGGUAAUGGCUAUAGUUUAUGUAAACAGAGAAGCUCCAAUAUGCAUAAGUGCUGAUAAUGGAGGCAGCGGGGACAAGUCAAUAAAAGCCUGGUCAAUGCAUGAUUAUAGUUUGACAUGUAGUAUGAGUGGUCACAAAUCAGUGGUGUCCACAUUGGCAGUUUGUGAUGAGGUUCUGUAUAGUGGAAGCUGGGAUGGAAGCAUUCGGUUAUGGUGUUUAAGUGAUCACAGUCCUUUAGCAGUGUUAGGGGAGGAAGAAGCAGCAGCAUCACCAUUUGGCUCUAUUUUGUGUCUUGCUCUUGAUAACCAGACUCUUGUUGCAGCUCAUGAAAACGGAUACAUAAAGGUAUGGAAGAAAGACGUGGGUUUGAAGCCCAUUUCAGCACACAUGAGCUCCAUUUUCUCAGUUUGUAUGGAAGGAGAAUGGUUGUUUAGUGGUGGUUGGAACAAAAAUGUUGUUGUACAGAAACUAUCUGGUGAUGAUGAUGAUGUGACAGAAAUUGGAAGUAUUUCUGGUGAUUCGGUUGUUACUGCAUUGCUUUAUUGGCAGGGAAAGCUUUUUGUUGGCCAGGCUGAUAGAAUAAUCAAGGUAUAUAGUUUUGGCGGAUGAUUUGGAAACUAUGAAGGAGAAUAGUUAAAAGCUUCUUCAUGGUAUGGUUAUGAACUUAUGACUUAUGAGGUUAUAAGGUGAGUAGCAGUAUUGUAUUUGUAUGAGGAUAACUAUUUUAAAGAUUUUAAAAUGUGUACAUAUAAACAUAUGCAUAUACCCACAUAAAUAGCACUGUAUAUACAAACAUAAACUGAUACACACACAAACACAUAUACCCUUAUAAAUACAUGUAGCCUAUAUACUGACAUACACAUGCCAUGCCAUAUGUAUACACACUUAAACACACAUGUACAUUGUACAUAAGCAUGCACAAAAGAAAUAUAUGAGAAAUUGUUUCUAAAUAUAGUGACGACAAGAUAUCUAGUGUAUGAGGUGAGUUUGUGCUCCAAAAAACAAUAUUGGUGUUGGAGUGUGAUGUUAUUGGUUUUGAGUGCUGUGUUUAUAUACUACAUAGUCUAGCGAGUUUGUUUGUUUUGUAUUUGAAUCAUUUGUGGUAUGUGGUUUUAUUGAACAAAAUGAUUGCCAAUUUUUAAGUUGUUUUCGUUAUUGGAUUAGUGGAUUUGAUUUAAUAUUUUAUGAGUUGGUGUUACUUUAAUUGUUUUCUUGUUUAUUUUUCAAUGCAUCUAUUUAUGCUUGAAUGUUGAUGGUU